CUCACUGCUACGUAUUGUGUCUCGAGUUUACGAAAUCGUUACGAAAAUGCCUCCUAAAGCAAGUGGUAAGGCUGUGAAGAAGGCUGGCAAAGCUCAGAAGAACAUCAGCAAAACCGAUAAGAAGAAGAAGAGGAAGAGGAAGGAAAGCUACGCAAUCUACAUCUACAAAGUGUUGAAGCAAGUCCAUCCUGACACUGGAAUUUCCAGCAAGGCGAUGAGCAUUAUGAACAGUUUUGUGAAUGAUGUAUUUGAGCGGAUUGCUGCUGAAGCCUCACGCCUAGCUCAUUACAACAAGAGAUCGACCAUCACAUCUCGGGAGAUCCAAACUGCUGUCAGACUAUUGUUGCCUGGUGAAUUAGCGAAGCACGCUGUUUCUGAAGGCACCAAAGCAGUUACGAAAUACACCAGUUCGAAGUAAUUGCUGCGACAUAUUCCAAUCGGCCCUUUUAAGGGCCAACAAUUUUUAUUACGUGAACCAACCUCUUUUCUAACAUGUUCUUAUUUUUAUCCCAUGAUUGUAAUAUGAAUGGAACUUCUUUUACAUGACUUCACAUAAUUAUAUUUAACUUUACAAUUAAUAAAAGCAGUCGUAGCAGUUGUCAUAACAUUAAAAAAAUUAUCAGUAUGUGGUAAUAUGAAUUACCAAGUAAAGAAAAUGCAGACCAUUGAAGUAAAGGAAUAAGUUUGAAACAAAA